GCCCGUCAUUAAGAGAGGGGAGGAACUUUUAAAAAGAAAGGCAGCUGAUGCCAACUUGGAGGACCCGCAACUGAUAAACAAACUCUUUUUGCUAUUUAAUGGUACUGUCGGGGUUGAGAGUAUUGCUCUAGAAGCGAGGGUCAUUCCUGGGAACUCUACUUUGAGACUUCGCUUAAUGUCUGUAUUUUGCCGCUCAAUUAAAGCAGCAAAUUCUUUUCCAGCCACUCUGCAGUGCAUUUUUGGGUGCAUAUUUGGAAAUGGGACAAAUUCAAGGUUGAAGCAGUUAGGGAUGGAAUUCACAGUCUGGGUGUUUAAACAUGCAAUUAUGGAUCAGCUCAAACUAUUGGGCCCUGUUAUUCUUAAUGGGAUAUUGAGGUCCCUUGAUGGUUAUUCCAAUACAGAAUCAGAUGUUGUUGCUAAGGAUGUCAAAAUCUUUUCCUUUCAAGCAAUUGGAUUGCUCUCACAGCGUAUGCCUCAACUUUUCAGAGAUAAGAUAGACAUGGCUGUUCGGCUUUUUGAUGCUUUGAAAAUUGAGGAUCAGUCUCUUCGUCUCACUAUUCAGGAAGCAACCAAUUGCUUAGCUAUAGCUUAUAAGGGAGCCUCCUCGACCAUCUUGAAGGAUCUGGAGACACUAUUACUGAAAAACUCUCAAGUGGAACAAAGUGAAGUACGCUUUUGUGCUGUUAGGUGGGCGACAUCUUUAUUCGGUCUGGAUCAUUGUCCCAGUCGGUUCAUCUGUAUGGUUGGAGCUGCCGAUCCUAAGAUGGAUAUAAGGGAAAUGGCACUUGAAGGUCUCUUUCCUAUGAAAGAUGAAGGAAAAGCUAUAAGCAAAACUACCAACCUUAGAUAUCCUAAGACCAUGGAUAUGCUAGAAUAUAUUUGCAAUCAGCAGCCGAAGUUAUUGGACCCCUCUCAAAUGAGGGAAGGCGAACUCCCUUUUCCAUCAAAGAUGUAUGUGGUUAUGAUUAGGUUUCUGUUGAAGUCCUUUGAGGCAGAUAUUGAACUGGAUAGUUCUGUACGUGGAACAUCUGAGUAUCAGUUAUCUAUGCACAAGUUGUGUCUAUUACUGGAACAUGCUAUGGCAGUUGAAGGCUCUGCUGAGUUGCAUGCCACGGCAGCCAAAGGAUUGGUUUCUGUUGCCUCCAGCAUGCCAGAGAUGGUCGCAUCACGCUAUGCAGAGAAGGUUUCGUGGCUGAAGAAGUUAUUGGGUCAUGUGGACUCUGAUACCCGUGAAUCUGCAGCACGAUUGCUAGGGAUAGCUUGUUCUUCUCUUUCUACACCGACAACAUCUGCUCUUAUUUCAGAACUCGUCUCCUCAAUAAGUGGGGUAAAAAAUUUGAGGUUUGAGAAUCACCAUGGAGCAUUGUGUGCAAUUGGAUUUAUUUCUGCAGAGUGCAUGUCAGCAUCGGUCAGUAUUUCAGAAUCCUUGCUUCAAAAUACACUGAAUUGCUUGGUAGAUGUGGUUCAUUCUGAAACUGCAUCUUUGGCUUCCUUUGCAAUGCAAGCACUGGGUCAUAUUGGAUUGCGUGGUCCAAUGCCAGCACUUGUUCGGGACUCUGGUUCUGGUGAAAUUUUGGUGGUUUUGCAAGAGAAGUUGGCUAAAUUACUCGCUGGAGAGGAUAUCAAAGCAAUCCAGAGAACUGUGGUCUCUCUAGGGCAUGUUUCUGCAAAAGAAACAUCGUUUUCUUUUCUAAAGAUUGCCCUUGAUUUAAUAUUUAGUCUAUCUCGAUCAAAGGUUGAGGACAUACUCUUUGCAGCUGGUGAGGCUCUAUCGUUCUUGUGGGGCGGGGUGCCUGUAACAGCAGAUAUGAUUCUUAAAUCCAAUUAUACAUCCCUUUCUCUCAAUUCGAAGUUUCUCACGGUUGAUGGACCAUCAUAUCUUUCAACUGAUGCUUCUAAGGAAGAAGCCGAAGGGAAUGAAGAAUGCCAUGUUAUGGUCAGAGAUGUAAUAACUCGAAAGCUUUUUGAUGUGCUUUUAUACAGUAGCCGAAAAGAAGAGCGUUGUUCGGGAGCCGUCUGGUUAUUAUCACUGACUAUGUAUUGUGGACAGCAUCCAAAAAUUCAGCAACUGCUUCCUGAAAUUCAGGAAGCUUUUUCUCAUCUACUAGGUGAUCAAAAUGAUCUAACACAGGAUUUGGCCUCUCAAGGCAUGAGUAUUGUGUACGAACUUGGUGAUGCAUCCAUGAAGAAAGACUUGGUAAAUGCUCUUGUAGGCACCUUGACUGGUUCAGGGAAGAGAAAAAGGGCUAUCAAGCUGAUGGAGGACUCUGAAGUGUUUCAAGAGGGGGCUAUAGGCGAGAGUCUUAGUGGAGGAAAACUUAGCACAUAUAAAGAGCUCUGUAGCCUUGCUAAUGAGAUGGGGCAGCCAGAUCUAAUUUAUAAGUUUAUGGAUUUAGCUAAUUAUCAGUCGUCGCUGAAUUCCAAAAGAGGAGCCGCUUUUGGGUUUUCCAAAAUUGCAAAACAAGCUGGGGAUGCCCUUGCGCCACAUUUACGUCUGCUAGUUCCUAGACUUGUUCGCUAUCAGUAUGAUCCUGAUAAAAACGUGCAGGAUGCAAUGGGGCACAUCUGGAAGUCUCUUGUCGCAGAUCCAAAGAAAACAAUUGAUGAACAUUUAGACCUUAUUUUUGACGAUUUGUUGACACAAUGCGGGUCUAGACUUUGGCGUGCACGAGAGGCUUCAUGUCUUGCUCUUGCGGAUAUAAUCCAGGGACGCAAAUUUGACCAGGUGGGUAAGCAUUUGAAAAGAAUAUGGACGGCAGCAUUUCGUGCUAUGGAUGACAUAAAGGAAACUGUAAGAAAUUCCGGCGAUAGUUUAUGUCGUGCUGUAAGUUCACUAACAAUAAGGUUAUGUGAUGUCUCUCUCACACCGACAGCAGAUGCCAUGCAAACGAUGGACAUUGCAUUGCCGUUUAUGUUGUCUGAAGGCAUUGCUAGUAAAGUUGCAAGUAUACAGAAGGCAUCUGUAGGAAUUGUCAUGAAGUUGUCAAAGGGAGCCGGGGUUGUUCUUCGACCACAUUUGCCGGAUCUAGUUUGUUGCAUGCUAGAGAGUUUAUCCAGUUUAGAAGAUCAAAGGCUGAAUUAUGUUGAGUUGCAUGCAGCGAAUGCUGGAAUCCAGACAGACAAGCUUGAGAAUUUGCGGAUAUCAGUAGCAAAAGACUCUCCCAUGUGGGAAACUCUAGAUUUAUGCCUGAAAGUUGUUGAUACCGAAUCAUUGGAUCUAUUGGUUCCGCGACUUGGCCAGAUGGUACGAUCUGGGGUCGGCCUCAAUACUAGGGUGGGCGUUGCUAGCUUUAUUAGCUUAUUGGUUCAAAAGGUUGGCAUGGAUAUGAAAGCAUAUACUGCCACCUUAGUGAGGGUCUUGUUUCCAGCUGUUCUGGAGGAAAAGAGCGGUGCUGCAAAAAGAGCUUUUGCUAGUGCUUGUGGAAUCUUAUUGAAGCACGUAGCUUCCUCCCAGGCCCAAAAGUUGAUUGAGGACACUACAGCACUGCAUACUGGUGAUCGGAAUUCUCAGAUAUCGUGUGCAGUUUUGCUGAAGAGCUAUGCAAGCCGGGCUGCAGAUGUUGUCAGCGGCUAUGGAGCCACCAUUAUUCCUGUCAAUUUUGUUGCAAGAUUUGAGGACGAUAAAGAUGUUGCUAGCCUAUUUGAGGAGCUGUGGGAAGAAAACACGAGCAGCGAAAGGGUUACCCUUGAACUGUACCUGGCUGAAAUUGUUUCGCUUAUUUGUAAGGGAAUGAUGUCAUCAUCAUGGGCAAGUAAAAAAAAUUCAGCCAAGGCAAUCAGAAAACUCAGUGAAGUUUUGGGCGAAUCCCUUUCGUCUCAUCAUCAUGCGUUGCUUUCUUCUCUUUUAAAAGAAUUACCUGGCCGCUUAUGGGAGGGAAAAGAAGCUAUUUUGCAUGCAAUUGGUGCCCUUUGUACUGCAUGCCACAAGUCAAUUUCUGUUGAAGAUCCCACGGCACCAAAUGCUAUUUUAAUUGCUGUAUCCUCUGCAUGCACCAAAAAGCUCAAGACAUACCGUGAAGCAGCUUACUCGUGUUUGCAAGAGGUAAUAAAAGCCUUCAGGAACCCAGGUUUCUUUGGAAUAGUUUUUCCAUUAUUAUCUGAGGCGUGUAUUAAAGCAAGCGCCUCCAAACCUCGGCAAACAUCUUUGGGGACUGAUGCUAGUAAUGCAGAAGACAAAGAAGAAGAAGUUUCUGCUCCACUUGAUAAAGUUCUAGAUUGCAUUACAUCUUGUAUCAGCGUUGCUCAUCUACCUGAUGUUCUCGAACAAACAAAGAACUUGAUCCAUGUAUUCUUAGUUGUCUUAUCCCCGAAUUUGCAAUGGACAGUCAAAAUGUCAGCUUUCUCGACUAUCAAGCAGCUUUGCUCAAAAACUCGCUCGGUUGUCAGCGAUUCUCAGGACACGUCUUUACAUGCAGAAGCCACUGUUGUCAUUCAAGAGUUGUUUAACUGUGUGUCACCAAAAAUAGUGGAGUGUAUAACCACGGUCAAGAUUUCCCAGGUACAUGUGGCUGCUUCCGAGUGCCUCUUAGAGGUAACCAAGUUGUAUAAAGAUGCUCAGCUUAUGCAGAGUGAAGAUGUGAGUUAUAAAGGUGAGCUCAUUCAUCUUCGUGAGGUGGAAAAGAGUGAGCAAGCGAAAUCGUUGCUAAGGAAAUGUAUUGAAAUUCUUGAAAGCCUUUGAGAAAAAAUACCUCGUACAGUAUUUGGGUUGUCAAGGUUGUCUGUAAACUAUUACUGCUUCAAUUUUAUAUGAUGUUUCAGUAUCUCAUUUUUCCUAUGCAGAUGUGCUAGUUACUAUGAUGUUUA